GAGGGAGCAGAUCUCAGGGUUAGGGUCACGAUAAGAUCAUCCAUGAUAAGAUGAAUAAUUUUGGCGGGGUUACAUCCGGCAAAUGUAAACUGCACUAAUCGAUGCCGCCGGCAUUUGAUAAUGGAGAUAUCAACAAACUUACACUCCAAGGGUUGCCAAAUUCGAACUGAUGAAAAGCUAAAUACCAACCACAACAGCAUCAACCAAGCUGAUAAAUUUGUGAAAAGCGAAAAUGGUCCAAGGAAACUGUGCCGCGAAGGGCAACGGCAAGGGCAACCACGGUGGAGGAUCCCGUAGGCCCUCAUCCCACAGAUCUCGAAAGUGCAAUCUCAACCGGAACGGCAACGACGGCAGGAGAACACAGCAACCGGGCACUAAGCAGGAGUCGAUCAAGGAAGAAGAUGAAGACGAACAAUACGAACCCUUCCCGGUGCUCGACAAGAAACACCAGCAGAUCAUCCUCAAUGUCUUUCGAGAUACUUUCUCUGAUGUCCUCUUUUCCGACACCUUCACCUCCACUCUCCAGGCCGUGAAGCAAGCCCUCUAUGAGCGCGAGUUCGCAAAGGCGUUUGGUGACCCCGAGUACUUGGCUGUGUAUACGACUCGCUGGAGCCCUACUCGCGCUUUGUGCUAUUCUUCUAUCUUGAGCGGGAUCAGGAAACAUUUGGAUUCGAUCAUUGUUGAGGAGGAGGAGGAGGUGGUGGAGGUCACCACCCCGUUAGAAGGAGAACAAAAACAGGAAGAAGAAGAAGAAACCGAAACACCAAAAGACGACACAGAAGAAGACUCCCUCGCCUCCCAAACCGCCAACCUCUCCCUCUCCCCUCCUCAAAAAACAACAACUCCCAAACUCAACAUCCUGAGCAUAGGCGGCGGCCCAGCCGAGCUCGUCGCCCUCGGCUCCUUCCUCAACCAACAACCUUCAAAAUCUCUGUCAGGAUCCAUAACCCUCCUCGACUCCGCCCCCUACUCCCCCCUCCUCUCCCUCCUGCAAACCUCCCUAACCACCACCCCUCCCAUCUCCAAAUACGCCAGCGCCGCCGCCAAGGCCGCCAACGUCCCGCUCCUGUCCCCCGCCUCGCGGAUCUCGUCGAAUUUCAUCCAGCAGGAUGCGCUAGAGCUAGGGAAGGAAGGGUUCUCCCGUGUGUUGUUGGCGGAUAAGAAGGAUAAGGAUGUGGUGCCAACGUUGGUGACAUUACUCUUCACCCUCAACGAACUCUUCACGUCCUCGGGCAUCGGCCGCACCACCAAGUUCCUUCUGGACUUGACCGCCUCUUUGGCUUUGGGGUCAUUGUUGCUUGUUGUCGACAGCCCGGGUUCUUACUCGGAGACGACAGUGGGCAAGGAUGCGUCCAAAAAAUAUCCUAUGGCUUGGCUUUUGGAUCGGGUGCUCUUGGCUACUGACAAACAUGGCAAAGCGACGGCGGUGGUGGAGGGCAGGAAGUGGAGGAAGUUGGAGACGAGAAAGUCCAGCUGGUUUAGGCUGGCGGAGGGGAGAGGCGGGGAACCGGGACUGGAUUAUCCGAUUGGGUUGGAGAAUAUGAGGUAUCAGUUGCAUUUGUAUCGGUUGGUGGAUGAGAAUGCGCCGGAGGAGGAGGAGGAUAGUGAGGGGAGUGAGGGGAGUGAUGAGGAGUGAUGGGGGUGGAAUGGAGCGUUGGAUGGGAAAAAUGGGAAUGUAUCUGGAUGGAAAAGUACUGGUGGCUGGUCUCUUAAUGGGUGUUUCAGGAGUUUUAAAAGGUUAUUGUGUUGGUAUGUUAUGAUAUCUAACUAUCCUGCCUGUGUGUUCGUGCACCUGAUAUCCUUCGACCGGCGCUCCCUUCUCGCUGAAAAAGGAACAGUAUUCGGUACCUUCAUGUGCUUGCUUGGCCACAACUCGUUGACCUCUGGCACCGUCGCCACAACCCUCGUGCCUGUACUAGACGUACAUCGUUAAGCCCAGAUCAUCUUCUUG